GUCUGUUUUACUAUAAUUUACACAGUUGUUGUCUUAGAAUACAGCUACUUCCGGUCUUGCAUGCUUGUGUUGAAAUAAUUUUUUUAUUCAAAAGUAUUGGUAUAGUACUGUAUAUUUAGACUGUCAAGUCUAUAUAAAGUGGGUCUUUGCUAUUCGAGAGAUAUUAUUAGGAUCAUUCUAUUAUUCUGUUUCAGGAAUUAUCAAAAAUGAGCUCUCAAAGGGGAAAUGUUCAGAAAUCAAGAGCACCGAAAUACCAGAAUAAAUCUGCAUUUAAGAACGUUUAUCAUGAUACAAGCAAAAAGACCCAGCAAAUUGUGAGCACGGUGGUGUCUGGAGUUUGUUCGAGAUGCAAGGACUGUAUUGACUGGAAGAUCAAAUAUAAGAAAUACAAGCCACUAACACAGCCUAAAACAUGCGUAAUAUGUAAACAGAAGACGGUGAAGCAGGCUUACCAUGUGAUGUGUAAUAAAUGUAGUGCAGACAGUAACAAGUGUGCAAAAUGUGGUGAGAAAAAACAGGUUGUAAUAAAACCUAAGUUAUCAGAGGCUGAACAAGCUGUUGAAGACAGGGAGUUACAGUUUGAAUUGGAGCAGUUACCGGAGAGGAAAAGAAGAACGUUUCUAAGGUUGCAAGAGAAAGGACAACUGAAUGGGAUGGAUGCUGAUAACCAGUUUAAUGGAAGUGAUAAAGGUUUUGAUGAUGAUGAUGCUGAAAGUGGUGACGAAGAUGAUGAUGUUAGGGCUCAAGACGAUAUGACCGAUUCAUCACCAAUGAAUACUGAAGACUGUAAUAAACAAUUUGCUGAAGGAACAGUGAGAAAUGAAACAGAAAAAAACACUACAGAGUUAAAUUCAGCUCCUGUUGUCACGAAAGUAGAGAAUGACAACAAACCUGUAGAUGGAAAGGAAGACAUUGAUGUAUCUAAACUAGCAAUUUCUGCAUCUAAUGAAAAUGAUUGAGUAAAUAUUUUAAUUCUAUGACUAAAAAACUUUGUGUAAUAAAAGCUUGAUACAUCAUU